AUGCCCACGGCCGUCCCUGAGGACGGCGUCAGAUGGGACGGCGGCGAUGGCGGAGGGGACGAGCGCUGCAGCAGUGCAGGCAGCGGUGCGGCGGGGAAGACAGUGCAGCUACCGGCAACGGCCGCGCGGAGACGACGUGGGGACGCGUUGAGCCUUGAGCGCCGCUGCCCAGAGUUAUCGCCGCGUGCGAUGGGCCGUGCGGCCGCCGCUCGUCAAUUGCCCACGCGACGCGACGGCGACGACGACGACGUGGGGCUACUUUCGCUGCUUUAUUGCGACGUGUGCUUUGGCCAACAGCUGUUUCUACUGAUUCUACUUGAAGCGCCCAAGAAGCCGGCGCUGGCACGGGCGCGGCGCACCGGCAAUAACAGUAAUAAUAAAGUGCGCGCGUCGGACGCGAGGGCGCUGCGGUGCACUCCGCCAGGGGUGAGCAACUCCCUGCACGCGACCAGUCCAGGCGCGGCGCUCAGGGUGGGGAAUUGUGGUUGGCGGUUGAUGUUCUUUCGUUCGUGCAAUAUAGACCUUGUGGAACUCCGCACCACCACCCGUUUGCUCCUGGCGUAUUUCUACCGCAGCGCUUUUCGCUUUCCCCUCCCACAACCUCGCCCUUCCAGCGCCCUUAAUCCGCGCAUUUGCUUUUCGUGUUGCCCACAUGCGCAAGCAAGGUGCAUCUUUGCACUCACCACCACCAUCGUCAGCACCACCAUCACCACCACCAUCACUACUACCACAACCACCAACAACACCAAUACCAAUAACAAUACCGUUAUCAAUACCACAACCACCACCACCACCACUGCCAACACCACCAUCCCAUCAUCACCACUAUCACUAUUACCAAUUCCACAACGAGCAAUAGGAAAGGAGCUCCGACGACUGACGGUGGCGGUUAAGAAGACGCCGGGUGGGCUGUGCGGGGAGAGAGCGGAGAGUGGAGUGGGACGGCAAAAGCAGGGGGCGGGGCAAGCGCAGGGCGCGGGGCCGGCGCGGGGCGGCGCGGGCCGGGCGCGGGGCGGCGCGGGGCGGCGCGGGGCGGCGAGGGGCCGCAGAACCACUGAACUCACUGGCUUUACUUUGUCCUCCAAGUUUGAUCUGGAAAACAAGAGAGAAGUACUAGGAUUUAGAGAUAUUAUUAUAAUGUAUGUUAAAUCCACUAAAAGAGCCAUUUGCGAGCCCCAAUGCAGCGGAACCGCCUCAUGGCCGGAAGGGAUGUGGUUUCGCUUUCCGGACUGGGAAGGGGCGGCGCGGGCGGGCUUGCGCGUAUGCAGCGGCGGCCGCUGCCGCACCGGCCGGCCAGGGGCCUCCGCGCGCCGCGAGCCGUGA